ACUCCACUUGAAGGGAAUGUGACAGACGAUAUAACCUCGGGGAAUGUAGCAUUCCAAUAGUUUAUUCAUGUAUGCAUGGCUGGUAUCCAAAUACGUCAUUUUUGUUCCAAAGUGUGGCAUCUGUUUGAUGGUAGUGUCUGCGGCUUGGAUAGGGAGUGACCAAAGCUGAGAAGUUGGGGUGCGAAAAAGCAGCCAUGGAUGUGUUAUUCUCAUGGUAAGAUGGCGGACAGAGAAAUAAAAAGGAAGUUGCAAAUGCCUGCCUCUCCCUUUCCUUGCCUUUUAGAUACUUUUUUCUACAUAAACGACAACCAAGUUGAGGAGAGAAUAUAGGCCGUGGAUGAGCCUAGAUAGAAUGGGUGGCGUCGGGAGUCAGUCUCAUUACCUCUGUUGUGACUUCAAAAGAAUGCAGAAUAAUUUUUAUCAGAACAGCUAAGAUGAGCGGGAGGCCGAUAUUCGCUGGUGCAUAGGAUCGAUCAAACAGUGAGUGACUUCACCGCUGGUGAAUGGUUGUUGUACCAAUGACCUGUGAAAACAAACUAAUAGUAUGCUUAUUAUGUUGUACCAGUGACUUGAUUGAAACAGUCAAACCUAGUGAUACAGUCCCUAAGACAAUAAAAAGUUAUUCCAGACAGUGGAGAAUAAAACAUAAAGGAGAGUGAUAUAUAGGUAAAUACUACUUGGGGUAGGAAAAGCAAAAAAAGGAUCGUGUUAUUGUGGACUGGUGGUGGAGUGCCCUGACCUGAGCAAGGCUGAAAGCUUCCCUUUCUCACCUACAAAUACCACCCCCUCAUCCCUCACUUCUAAGCAGCGUUGCCUGCUGCCUACCUCUUCCGAGGAGCACAAGCCAAUCUAUCCCAUCCCUCCCCGACUCUUCUGCCAUCUCUGCCUCCCAAACCAAUCAAGGAAGGCACUGCUUGUCAUUCUUGUUUAAGUGACACACGAACUAAACAAACCUCACUGCUGCUUCCGUACUCUCUGUCCUAAGGGACGAUGUCGGUAGCUGUCAUGCGAAGCUCGUCCGCAACCUUCCACUUGGCCCAGCGCAGCUGGCCGGCGCCAGCGGAGCGAUACAGGAGCGAAGAGGGCCGUCCUAUGGUACAGGAGGAGAGCGACGAUGAGCUGCCCGGCCAAUUUGACAUAUGGAGUGCGAUCCAGUCGCAGAAGGCGGCCGCCGCGGCCGUUCCGGGCACUUACCUUCAUCCCCUUAUGAGGCGGUCUUCGAGUUUGUUGAGCCGGGAGAGCCUCGAGUUGUGCACGGAGAGCCUCGGGUCGGAGACCGGCUCCGGCGACUUCUCCUCCUUCGUGGAUGACCUCGACUACUGCUGUCCGCCCAAGUUCGACGAUGAAGAGAAGGAAGAGGAAAUGAAAUAUGUCCGUGAGGCGCACGCUACGGCAAUAGUAACAGGAGGAGACGAGGUGAGAGUGGUGGAGCGAGAAAGGCGUCCCCGGGGCAAGGAACUGAUGUCGGUGAACUACCAUUGCUCCACUGGCAGGCCGAGGUCGUUCCCGCCACCGCUUCCGUCGAUCUCUCGACGCAACGGGCCGUGCCUCCACAUGCGGCCUCACCGCUGCGAUGGGCGCCUCGUAGUCGAAGCCGUCCCCGUCACUUGUCGGAACUACCUUCGCGCCCAGCGCGUGGACGGCCGCCUCUUCCUCUCUUUCGUCGACCUCGGCUUCGGAGGCGAGCCUGGUGACGAGUCUGAUGCCGCUGACUGUGCUGCUGAGACUACGCCACCACAAAAACAAGAUAACGUCGAACAAGAAAAAGAAGAUCUUGAAGGAAGCGAAGCGAUGGGAAUAACACGACUAGAAGCAAAGGAAGCGGAAGAAUCAGAACAGAACUGCUACGGAGAAGAGGAAGAAGAAUCAGACGAAAAGAACUGUUACGACGAGGAGGAGGAAGAAGAGGAAGUGGAGGUCGUUGACAGGGGAACCGUCGUCGAGGUGACGGUCAGCACGCAGCCCCAGCAGCAGAGCGGCGCCCUGAAAGUGCACCGGUCUUCGCUCGUCAUCAACAAGUUCGUCGGUGGCACGCCGCUGAGUGGCAUGACCGAUGGCGACCAGAACAAUCACAACCGCACGGUUGCCUCGGCUCUGGCAGCUAGGUGGACAUCACCGACGACCACGGCGGCUAGGCGGCUGUCACCGACAACCACCACCGCAGCAGCUGCGGUGGCGGCGGCUUCUGCGCUCGGGGUCAACAUAGAGAGCUACAAUGGCCACGGUUAUGGUGGGCCAUGGACGACGCCGCUCGGCGACCGCGACCCUGCGCUCGACAACAAGCUGCUGUUCACUUCGAAGCGGCGGAACCGCGGAGAGUUGCUGCAUAACAUGAGGAGGUGCAGCCAGCUCCGGAGGCCAUUGUUCAUAUGGGAACCCUGUUGCAUUGCCACUUCCUCUUGAGACCUUACAUAGCUUCCGCGGGUCACCACAGCCUCACAUGGAUCCAUCUUAUCCCUCGGUUGCCCUCGUCUUCUACUGCUACCACCACCGCGACUACUAAGCUACUAAUUAUCACCAUCCCAUGUCGAAAAAGCCUCACUGUUUGGUUAUCUCUCGGUACUGUGGGUUCUUCUUCUCUCUUGGGUUUUUCGAACCACCAUGUCCUCUUUUUCCAACCAGUGAUUAGAUUUGAUACUGUAAUGGGAGAUUUGAGAUCAUCAUAAUAGAAUUGCUUUUGGUGCUUUUCCC